AUGGUCGCAAGUACCUUGCCUGACUGUGGGGAAAUGGACUUGGAUGACGAGGCCUUCUACGAGGCGGUGAUCUCUGCCUCUGGGAUGAAGGAUCGUCAAGAUUGUUUCCGGAUAUUGGGUUUAACCGCUGGAGCUGGGGUGGAGGAAAUCAAGACAGCAUACAGACGACUAGCCAGGAGGUGGCAUCCUGAUAAAUACGACGGCCAUAGAGACGCUCACACAGUAUUCCAGCACGUGAACGAGGCAUAUUCCGUUCUCACCAAAAAGCGUAGUACUCAUUCCUACUAUCCUGAUGAGUACAAAAAGUCGGAUUUAAGCCAAUGGUUGGAUCAGUCUUGGGAUUGGCAGUCUCAGAGGGAGAGGCAAAAUUGGGAAAAGAACGGCCGAACGGUGGUGGUCCGGUAUCUUACUUAUGAUGGAAAGUGGGAUGUAGAGGAGUUCAAGAGAAAUACCAAAGGAUUGUUCUACGCUCAUGGGGUGGAGCUGGGUAAGCUGGACAUCAGUCCCACCUACCUGUGGUGGAGGUUUGAGAGUGGUGUCGCUGGCUUCGAGAUGGAUGCUUUGACUGGACUCGCACGAUUGUAUGCGUCUGAUAUGAGGAGGCUGUCGAACCUGGGUAUUCGUCUAAACCAGCGGUUUGAGGGUAUCUUCGAGGUUGUGAAGGAUCAGGAGGCAGCGGCCGAGACUUGGAAUGAUCGUAUGCGGGAGAGGGCUCGCGCGGAGGAAUCGACAUCCAGCUCCCAAGCUGUCCUGAUGUAUCCUCUUUCCCUCACUGUUGUGAUGAGGUACCCGCAAAUGAAGAGGUGCAUCAGGAGUCAACGCCAAGUGAGGCAGUAG